AUGGAUGAGUCGAAAGAGGUUUCACCCUGGAAGCAGCAAGAUGAUGGCCUCUGGCGUCGUCCCCUUGUCGGGCCUGAGCGAAUGUACGAUCAAUGGCUGGAGCUCGACAGUUGGACCGAGUGGAUGGGUGCUACCAUGUACCAUGUUUUCCACAGCAAGAUCUCUCUGUUCGCUACUAUUGAUCGUGGCGAAGGAGCUGCAACUGCAAAGUCCCGAGAUUUCGUCUAUCGCCCGCUCACUUCUGAUGACGACUUGGCUGAAAGAAUUGCAACGCGGACUACUAUCGUGCAUACAUCAGAGACGGUCCAGGCUGGGUUGAAGUCGUUGACAGAUGACUUCUACUCGGACCCAGAAAAGCGCAUCAGCUUUGAGCUCGGGGACCAUCUAAUCCACAUAUCACUCAUUGUUUCAUCCGCAGAGUCGGGGACCUUUGCUAUUGCCAUUCGCUGCAACCAUGCGCUUAACGAUUUUUGGAGCGGCGCUGGGGUUUUGGACAAGACUCUUGGUAGCCUUGCCAACGGUUUAAUCAACGACGAGCCACUGCUCCCAUAUGAAAUAUUUUCUACUAUGAAUCUGCAUCCUUGCUAUCUCGACCUUCUGGAGGACCCGAUUGGGGAUGCACCAUUAGAUGAUGAAUCCAAAGAAAGAGCAAGACAGCUUCUCGCCGCUAACCAGAAUAACAUUACGUUAUGUCCUAUCUCGGAGGAGCCGGCAGGAGACUUACCAAACACCGACUAUACUGUCCGGAGACGAGAACUUUCCGAGAACAUGACGAAGAAUAUCAUCCAGAUGUGCAAAAGGCACGGCGUUACUGUGACGUCUUUCCUGACAGCAAUGCAAGCGCUUGCCCUGGUCGAAACAUUCCCGCCACAAGACCCGGCGCGAACUCUGGCAGCUCCUAUCUGCGUGAGUAACAGGUUACGACACAUGGUUUACCAAUACAGCGAUCGAUCAGCCGGUACACUAAACCCACUAGACGAAGUGCACAGGAUCGGAGCUAUUAUGGGACCCAUCAUGGCUUCUACCAUCCUUGUGACUCCCUUCUUGGUCAGCGUAUAUGACGGGCCCAACGACGGCCAUAGCUGGCGUGCCAAUGUCUGGAAGGUAGCCAAGAGUGCUGAUAGAGCGACCAAGGAGGAGGUAAAGAGUAACAUCAGUGAUCAUGUGGAUUGGACGCAGGGUCCAGCUGCCUUUGGGGUUCUCGCUCAAGCGGUAGAGGCGAUGAAAGCUGGACAUGUACCACCACCGCCUGGUGUGUACACACCUCUUUCGAAUGCCGGUCUCUUAGAUGGGGUUCAUCUUCAAGAGUCACACAGCACUAUCGGCAAAGGCAAGAACAAGGGCCCAGUGAUAAAGCUGGAGGACUUCUCAUUUUACCCACGGGUCAGCAACUGGUUCGGACCUCAAACUUGGGCUUGGAUGGCCUUGGGAAAACUGAACAUCAUUAUGGUAAUGCCUGAUCCACGUGUGCGAUCGGUCCCGAAUCUGAAAUGGUGGGAUUUAUACAACGACAAGAUUGUCAAGUUCUUGGAUGAGAGUGUCACUGUAGGGGAUAUAUGA